AUGAAUUCAUCAUGGGACAAUAGUACAUUGACUUGGUAUUCAACUGAUUCGGAUUUCGAAGUUAAACCUAUCUUGAGCUUUUGGUUAUUUCUUAUAUUUGAUGUUGGCGCUAUUAUAUGCACUAUUUUUGUACUUUAUCAUUUAUUAUCAGAACGGCAAGCGAGGAAUGCUCUUCAUAAUCACAUACCAAUUAUUCUACUUUUUCUAGCAUCUGCUAUUGAAUGGAUUGAUAUACCAUUUCAUCUACAAUAUUUUCAUACAGGUAUUGUGUAUCCAUCCACGCCUAUAUUAUGUCUUAUCUGGUGGUUUAUUGAUUGGGGUUUCUAUUAUACCAUUGCAGUUUUACUAGUUUUUGCAUCAUUUGAACGACAUAUUCUUAUCUUUCAUUCUCAUCUUGUUGCUACAAGACGAAAACGUUUGAUAUUUCAUUAUAUCAAGGGGGAAACAGCUGAUUAG